AUGGCUCCGCCAGGACCUACAGUGCCUGACGCAGGGAUAGCAAAAGGUGCCAGGACCCCCGGGGCCUCCCUCCUGCGGGAGUCUAGCGGCAACCCCUCAUCCCCCUUCCACUAUCCUCUGGAAAAGCUUAAGGACCGAGGGUAUUUUGCGCUCGGAGCACUCACUGUGGGCCUAGUGCGACAGUGUCAGACCAUCCAUGGACGAGACCGGACAUGCAUCCCUCCCCGGCUUCCCCCCGAGUGGGUCACCACACUGUUUUUUAUCAUCAUGGGAAUCAUUUCAUUGACUGUCACAUGUGGUUUGCUGGUGGCUUCCCACUGGCGAAGAGAAGCUACAAAAUAUGCUCGUUGGAUAGCAUUCACUGGAAUGAUCCUUUUCUGUAUGGCUGCCCUAAUAUUUCCAAUAGGAUUUUACAUCAAUGAAGUCGGAGGUCAACCUUAUAAAUUACCCAACAACACAGUAGUUGGGUCAUCAUAUGUACUUUUUGUCUUAUCAAUUUUCUUUACAAUAGUAGGACUUCUAUUUGCUGGCAAAGUUUGUUUACCGGGCUGAUGAAUGACUAAACUGCUUGAUUUUCUUUCUUUCUUUCUUUUUAAAAAAAAUUUUUUUUAAGAGGGUGGGAGGACAAAGACAAGGCAUCUGAGCGAUCUUCUCAUAAGUAGAUGCUUAGAUGAAACUGAUGUUGAAAAGAAAAAUUCUUUGAUUUGUUCUCACUAUGCACUUUGGAUUUUUAAAAAAUGAGGAGAGCCUUUUUCAUAACCAAAUACAGACAAUAUUGACUAAAUCUCCUGAGCAUAUUCAGGCAGUCAGUCUGCACUGUGAUAGCAACCUAGUGAAGGAGAUGCUUUAUACUGAGAAGCAUGUGGCCCUUUGUGACUCUGUUGUUCCGUUUUUAAUGUCUAAACAUUCAUCUGAGGAAUAAAAACAGUCUAAGUAUUUAUGAAUCAUGAUGGACCAGAGGGGAUGCAAGAGAAGUUCAUGUGGGGCUGGCCUCACCUCCUAAGAAAUUAGUAUUCACAGCUUCCUUGUAAUGGUUUAAGCCUAUGGCACCAGAAUGAAUUGCUGUUGUAUUACUGUACCAAGAAGCCAAUAGAUCAAAACUUGUUUGCUAAAAUAAUAUGUACAAAUUCUGAAAUUCCCCAAUUUCUGUGUAUAAAACAAGGAAAAAGAAAUCAAACACUAGAGACAUGUUGUUUGGGGUGGGUGGGGGAAAUCU